AGUGCUGAUGGCAACUUUGAGGUGACCUAUAAGUCCAACUGUGUCCUCUACUCAAGCUCUGAAGUUAACUGGAUCCCCCCGGCUAUCUAUCACAGCUCCUGCUCCAUUGACGUCAAAUACUUUCCUUUUGACCAGCAGAAAUGCCAAAUGAAAUUCGGCUCCUGGACCCACAAGGGGACAUCUCUUAAAUACAGCUUCGACAAAGACAGGGACAAGCUGGACCUGGUCGACUACCUCAAAAGCGGAAGUUGGGACAUCAUCGACUGCCCCGGUAAAAUUGUCCCGUUCACGGACGAGACGACGGGAGAUCAAAAAGAACAGAUCAUCUUUGAGUUCGUUCUGCGGAGGAAGACGCUAUUCUACACAGUCAACCUCAUCAUCCCGUGCGUUCUGAUAUCAUUCGUCACGUCGUGUGUCUUCGCUCUGCCAGCCCACGGGGGCCAGAAGAUAACACUUUGUAUUUCGGUGCUGUUCGCGCUGGUUGUGUUCCUGUUGCUGGUGUCUAAGAUCCUGCCGCCGUCGCUGACCAUUCCACUGAUCGCAAAGUACCUGCUCUUUACAUUUCUGAUGAACGUGAUCGCGAUAUUCGCCACGGUGGUCAUCAUCAACCGGAACUGGAUCACGCCCAGCACCCAGGAAAUGCCGUACUGGGUCCGGGUAGUGUUCCUACGGGAACUCCCCAAGUACCUCCUGAUGGCGCGACCAGACUACCAGCGGAGAUGGAGGGGCCCGACAAACCCUGAACACAACAUCAUACAGCGGAUUCCCGACACGCAACACAUCGGCGUGGCGAGCAGCGACGAUGACGAUGAGGUAUUUGAGCUGUCGGCCGGACACAGCCCCCGUCCUCAACGGAACAGGCAAGACGAUAGGCAGGGUCAGCACACGGUUGGAGGCGCCAUGGGAAUGUCGGAGAGAUCACGUGAUCAGGGUGAACUGGGCCCAGGGGUCAAGCCCUUCGAGAUGACACCCGAACUGCGGAACACCCUCGAGUCAGUCAAGUUUAUCUACCAACACCUCAAGCAAGAACAAGAAUAUGUUCUGGUA